AUAAAAACAAAGCAGCAAUUUUUGCAGGAAAUUCCACAAGGAAAUAAAGGAAAAACACACAACUUGCAACUCGUUUAGGACGUCAUCGGCUAGCAAGAAAAUGGAGUUGUCUGGCAAUAAGGUGUUCGAUUGUGGCAGCGAUUGUGAACGUGAGAAGAAGCAUGACAUGAUGUUGGAUUUGAGCCUGAAUGAUCAGAAAUCCGAAAAUCUUUUUGCUGGCUCUGACCAGACGCCAACACCCACCCGCCUCAUACGCAAUUGCGAAGAAGUUGGACUCUUUGAAGAUCUACGCCAUGUAAAUCCCUUUGAGGAGACUUUUCGUCGAGCCUGCGAGCAAAAUAAUGGGCAGACUCCAGUGCGGCAACUUGACUCUGUAGAAGCGCACGCCGAUGAGAAUUCCUUACACACGCCCCAAGUGUAUCCCCCACUGGAGGCGAUAGAGAGUUGUGAAAUGCUCUCCAAACCACUGGAGAGCCCCUCCUCAACAACCGUGACGCUGGACGUGCCGAUCGUUGAUGAGCUGCUUAACGCGGCAGCUAAUACUUACAAAAUUGGCACGUCGCGGCAGAAUUCAAACAGUUCGACAACAUCUGCGGGAGAGUAUGGCAAGUUUUACAAGUAUCGCACGAUUGCCGAGAAGCCAGCAGCUGACGUUUUGAGCGAACCAUGCCUGCCAUAUGUACAACUACCAACAACAGCCAUACAGUUGGUACAGCCGCAGAUAAUAACUCUAACUUUCCCAGGAAAUAGUGGCAACAAAAUGCUGGGUAGUAAUUUAGAGGCCAAACCGCUAGGUAGCUUAGCGACCAGCGCGAUACCGAUACAAACCGUUAAGCCUUUCAUAAUGCCAAAGUUGGCACCGGCGCCAACAGUUAGCGCAACUACAAGUGCAACCACUACAAUAAGCGCGACUGCGAAAAAAUCCGUAAAUGCAACGCCACUGCCACCAUUAGCCACAAAAACUCCCGCCACACAACUUGCCACCACGCGUAUCUCCGCGGCCGCCACAACGGCACAGAGUCAGCAAAUGCCGUCACAACCGGCACACGAGCCGAGCAGUGCCAGUCUUACGCCCACCUCCCAACUGCCUAUCAAAGAACGUUUGAAAGCAAUAUUGAGUCUUAGCAACAAGACGCACCACGCGGCUGCGCCAUUACAACCGAUAAAGGGCAACAGUCGACGUGUGCGCGGCGCAGCCACAUGCGCAGGCAAAUAUGACGAGGAUUCUAUAGUGCGUAGACGUGCGGCAGCGACACGUUAUCGCAAUAAAAUGCGCAAUGAACACAAGGAUCUGCGACGUCGCAACAGCGAAUUGCAGGCUGAAAACGAAAAGUUGCGCUCGCACAUCAAACAUCUGGAGGAGGAGUUGGGCAAAAGUCAGCAACAGCAGUUUCUGCAAUCAACAAACGGCAAAUUACAAAGUGUACCGGCGCAGGUGCAAAUACCACCUUCAACGCUGCAUCUGGUAAUGAAUAUACCCACAAUGGUGGUGCCAGCUGGCGGACAACCAUCACUAAUGCAGCCAAUCACCUAUAGAGUGGAGAAGAAAUAAAUGUUGUUUUACCUGUAGCCACAUCAAAGUGGAGUUUUUAACAAACAGUUAAAGUGUUUAUGAAACGCGCAAUUUUCUGAAAAAACUAGAAUGAAUUUCUGGGAGUUGUAUUAGCACAAAGUGCGUUGACUAUAAGGUUUUUUAUUCGUAGGCAAUAGACAUAAUGAUUGAACAGUAAAAAUUUACUAAUAAUACUAAAUUAUUUAGGAAAUAAAUUCACAUACAUAAAACUAACUAGA